UCCAUGAUCAUCAUAAACUAGCUAGACGAGAUCAUGGCAAACUUGAUGCAGCCGGUAGCAGGAGGCAGCAGUGUUAAGGGAAGAAGAAAGAUGCCCAACUCUAGAGGACACCCAAAGUAUGUCGGUGUACGGCAAAGGCCAUCAGGGCGAUGGGUAGCCGAGAUCAAAGACUCCUUGCAAAAGGUUCGGUUAUGGCUCGGGACUUUUGACACUGCAGAGGAUGCUGCCAGGGCAUAUGACCAAGCUGCCAGAACAUUACGUGGGGCUAACGCCCGUACCAACUUUGAACUGCCCAACAGUGAGACCUCUGUUCGGUGUUUGCCAGAGAACGCAGAGCCGUUUUCAUUUGAGGAAGCAUGUGGUUCAGAGAGUGGUGAGAAAGGGCUUAUCGGCGCGCUCAAGGCUAAGUUAUAUGUAAGGAGUACCGUCUCCAACCAUGCCAAAACGACUAACAUGACACUGAAGCAAUCCAUGUGUUUUGCAAAUCCAAGAAAGAGAAAAGCACAAGCAUUUAUCGUGGCAACCUCGCCCCCUCCUGAUCAUCAGCCAGCGGUCGAUCAUGUGGACCCCGACCGCCAGAUGGUUGAUCAGGAUCAAGAUACUCGUCACCAUGAGGCCACUGAACCGGCGGGUCCCAAUCAGUGUGAUGGGUUGCAGUGGUGCUAUGAGCCUCUACCACCUGCAGCAGCAACUACUGCGCCAUGGUCUACUGAAAUUCCAUGGCUAACAGCAACUUCUGCAGACACAAGCAACCAAGUCUCAAAUAUUUCAAACAGCUUGUUUGACACAGGUCUCUUGGAUUCCAUGUGGCCCGUUUCCAGUGAGGCUAACCAAGACACGGCAAACCAAUUAACUGGAAUCACGGGUUGGCCAUUGGGUCAUCAGCAGGUCGUGCAGUGUGACUACAGUAUGGAUGGUGGCAGCGGUGGUGGUGCUUCGUCUCAAUUUUCUAAUAAUUUUGCAGCCAAUGCUUCCAAUUGGGAUCCUUUUGUUUAUGUAAAUUCAGUUCUAGGUUGACAUAAUAUAUACCGUAACUUUUUAGGAUUUAGAAUUCUUUGUACGUUCCUAAGUAUGUUAUCAUUUGUUAACUUUGAUUUAUGUAACCUCCUUAAUUAGUAAUAUAAAUGCAAAAAAAAAAAAGAAACAAGAAACCACGCUACGGUCUGCAAAAACGAGUUUCUAUGGUCCAAUCGUGUAAA